UCAAAGGAUAACAUGCAACAAUAGUCUCCCCAAGGAAGUCAAGGAAGCGGAUUAGCUUCCCAACCGGACCCUUCUCCAUCUCAGCCUCUCCUUCUUCCUCCACCCACCCAACAUCUAACCGCGGUUAAGGCUGGGCUGCCCCACCGAGAGGAUGACAGCCUAGGAGGUGGAACCAUGAACGUCCAGUUGAGCUUGGAGAAUGGUGGGGAGAUGGCCGUUCCUGAGCAGGAUUUCAUGCCGGGCGACGCGCGUCCCCUUCACUCAGCACUGCAGAGGUCCUCUCUGGUGGCUUCGGUGCUGGAAGGCGGCGAUUGCCACCGGGCGGAACACACCUUGGGCACCACCCUGCACCCUGGGCUCGGCUUUGGGGGAGACUCGCCCACCUCCGGCACGGGGAACAGCUACACCACCCUGACUCCUUUGCAGCCCCUUCACGAGAAGUUCCACCACCAGAACCAUCACCACCACCACCACCAUCAAUGCCUACCCAUGGGCAACGUCAUCGGGAGCUUCACCCUCAUGAGGGAAGACCGAGGGCUGGGUGCCGGCGGGCAUUUUUACAGCCCGUACCACCACAAAGAUCUGGGCAUGGGCCAGAGUUUGUCUUCGCUGUCCAGCCCGCAGCUGGUUCCCAUGCACAAUUACGCCGGACACUCGGUGGCUCCUCUGGCCAACGAGAAGAUGGUGCUGGGCAACGGCUUCGAAGGCCACUCGGCCGCCAUGUUUGGCCGGAUGGACCAGCACUUCCAAAGAGAGAUGUCUCCCACCCAAAACUCCACCAUGGCGUCUCCCAACCCCAUGAGUCAAAGCGGCUACGGCCACCCACGGCCAGAGAUGAACUCUCGGCCCAACCCGCCCAUCGCCAGCCAGACCACGGUCCUCUCCAGCCAGCUGGAGGAGAUCAACACCCGAGAAGUGGCCCAGCGCAUCAUCGCCGAGCUCAAGCGCUACAGCAUCCCCCAAGCCAUCUUCGCGGAGCGGGUUCUCUGCCGGUCCCAGGGGACCCUGUCCGACCUCCUGAGGAACCCCAAGCCCUGGAGCAAACUCAAGUCCGGGAGGGAGACCUUCAAAAGGAUGUGGAGGUGGCUUCAAGAGCCCGAAUUUCAGAGGAUGGCAGCUUUAAGGUUAGAAGCCUGCAAAAGAAAAGAGCAAGACCAAAGCAAAGUUGAUCGCAACCAUGUCCCCAAACGCCACCGGCUAGUCUUCACGGACAUCCAGCGCCGCACCCUCCACGCCAUUUUCCACGAGAACCAAAGACCUUCGAAGGACCUUCAGAUCACCAUCGCCCAACAACUGGGCCUGGAGCUCUCCACCGUUAGCAACUUCUUCAUGAACGCCCGGCGGAGGAGCUUGGACAAAUGGAUGGAGGAAGGGAGGUCUCCUUCCGCCGGCUCUACCCCGUCCUCGGCCGUCACUUGCACCAAAGCGUGACACCCUCGCCCCCCACUCCCUUCCCCCUUCCCCCCCGAGAGGACGCCGGACGUUUCCCCCUUUCUUGCACCAAAGAUGGAAGACGAGCACUUCAGCCGGGCAGGCGUUAAAAUGGCCAAAGGAGAAGAAGGGACGGUCGUUUCUGAAUCCUGCUCUGGGGUCACCACCCUCCUGUAAUCUGAGACCCCGGGGAGGGCGAGUGGGGGGGAGUCUAGGCCAAGGUGAGCCCCUUCUUCUUUGACCGGACUCCCUGAAGGACCUUGAGAAGGACGGUCAAGGCUGCUGCCUCCAAGAAGUUGGGGUUCCUUUUGUUUCCUUCUACAAACUGUCCCGUGUGGGUCCCCCAACGAGGAUGCAUCGCCAUCUAGUGGUUCAAAGCAGGGGGAAGUGGGGAGGGGGGGGAGGACGAAGGACCACAACGGGGGUUACCUUCCACCAUGGAGAAGGCCCCUUCCCCUUUGGAGUAAGGGUCAAACAUCCCAAAGCAAGUAAUUUCCUUCUAAAGUCCUUGGCACCAAGUACCACCCGAUGCAGGUGGGCACGGCCCAAUCUCCCCCAAGCGCCCCCCCCAAUUCAAUGCAUGAAGCGUAAUGAUGGAGACCCCCCCUCACUCUCUCACGGUUUCAAGCCAGUUAAGACAAAGCAGAAGCGGUCUUAAACCAGAAUUCCUCCUCCUCCGUCUUCUAAGCCACUGCAGGACAGACAGCAAUCUGAGAUGAGCACAAAUGUCCAUCCGUCCCCCUCUGUGCACCCCACCCCUGGCUAAUUUUGCAUCCGGAAUAUCCCCCUGCUGCCCCUCCUUGACCUCCCCCCCUCCCUUCUCCAGCAUCUUCUGGGGGCCCACUUAUCUCCCGGCUCCCUUCCUGGGCCUUGUGUGAAAGGGGUCAGGAAGCAAAAACAGCUUUCUUGGGUUGGAAUAUUCAGGAUGGAGACGGCCAGCUGACCGGGAAAAAGAAACCAAAAAUGAAAUGCCACCAGCCACACUUAAUUUGUGAAUUUUUUUCAUGGUAUGGAAAACAAGACCGGGCACCUCUUUUAAGGCACUCAGGCACCGUCCUCUAUUCUAUUUUAAAUUUAUUCAAAGUGCCCUGCAAUCCGGCUCUUUUUCCUGGUGGUCCCUUUUCUCCAGCCAGCCCUAAAAGAUCUUCCCUUGUCAAUCAUUGCAUCUCAUGCCACCUCGCCCCCUUCCCCGUUGCCCUUCUUCCCCCUGGCCUCGCCAGCCUCAAUCCUUCCCAAAUGCAUCUUGAGAAAG